UUUUGUCCACAAGUGCUUAUGGAAAAGAUGGCUGAUGUUAACCUCAAAGAAGUAUCUUUAAUAGUAGGUGUGGUUACUGCCUGCUACUGGAACAGCCUCUUGUGUGGUUUUGUUUUUGAUGAUGUUUCAGCAAUACUGGACAAUAAAGACUUGCAUCCAUCUACACCUUUGAAAACUUUAUUUCAGAAUGACUUCUGGGGAACUCCUAUGUCUGAAGAAAGAAGCCACAAAUCUUACCGACCCUUAACAGUAUUGACCUUUCGUUUAAAUUAUUUGUUUAGUGAACUGAAACCAAUGUCAUAUCAUCUCCUAAAUAUGAUUUUUCAUGCUGUGGUUAGUGUGAUAUUUCUUAAAGUCUGCAAACUUUUUCUGGACCACAAGAGCAGUGUGAUUGCUGCUUUACUUUUUGCAGUGCACCCAGUACACACAGAAGCAGUAACAGGUGUUGUAGGAAGAGCAGAACUUCUGUCGUCUAUUUUUUUUCUAGCUGCAUUUUUGUCAUAUACCAAAUCAAAAGGACCAGAUAAUUCCAUAGUGUGGACUCCAAUUGUGUUGACAGUGUUUUUAGUGGCUGUUGCAACAUUGUGUAAAGAACAAGGAAUUACAGUUGUGGGAAUUUGCUGUGUAUAUGAAGUAUUUAUUGCCCAAGGGUACACUUUGCCAUUACUAUGUACCACUGCUGGGCAGUUUCUCCGUGGAAAGGGUAGUAUUCCAUUUUCUAUGCUGCAGACACUAAUAAAACUCAUUGUUUUGAUGUUCAGUACACUAUUGCUUGUUGUAAUUAGAGUGCAGGUUAUUCAGUCUCAACUUCCAGUAUUCACCAGGUUUGACAACCCAGCUGCUGUAAGCCCAACUCCUACAAGGCAGCUAACUUUUAACUACCUCCUUCCUUUGAAUGCUUGGCUCCUAUUAAAUCCUUCAGAGCUCUGCUGUGAUUGGACCAUGGGAACAAUACCACUUAUAGAGUCAUUUCUAGAUAUUCGAAAUGUUGCCACAUUUGCUUUCUUUUGCUUUUUGGGGGCUUUGGGAGUAUUUAGUCUCAGAUAUCCUGGUGAUUCCUCCAAGACUGUUUUAAUGGCACUUUGCUUAAUGGCAUUACCAUUUAUUCCUGCAUCGAACCUGUUUUUCCCAGUUGGAUUUGUUGUUGCUGAGCGAGUACUAUACGUUCCUAGCAUGGGGUUCUGUAUUUUGGUAGCUCAUGGAUGGCAGAAAAUAUCAAACAAAAGUGUAUUAAAAAAGUUAUCCUGGUUUUGUCUGUCUAUGGUGAUACUCACUCAUGCCUUAAAAACACUCCACAGAAAUUGGGAUUGGGAGUCUGAAUAUACAUUGUUUAUGUCAGCCUUGAAGGUAAAUAGAAAUAAUGCCAAAUUGUGGAAUAAUGUUGGUCAUGCUCUAGAAAAUGAGAAGAACUUUGAGAGAGCUUUGAAAUACUUCUUACAGGCUACCCACGUUCAGCCAGAUGACAUUGGUGCCCACAUGAAUGUAGGAAGAACUUAUAAAAAUUUAAAUAGAACCAAAGAAGCUGAAGAAUCUUACAUGAUGGCUAAGUCACUGAUGCCUCAAAUUAUUCCUGGUAAAAAAUAUGCAGCCAGAAUUGCCCCUAACCACCUAAACGUUUAUAUCAAUCUGGCCAACCUGAUCCGAGCAAAUGAGUCCCGACUGGAAGAAGCAGAUCAGCUGUACCGACAAGCGAUAAGCAUGAGGCCAGACUUCAAGCAAGCUUACAUUAGCAGAGGAGAAUUGCUUUUAAAAAUGAAUAAGCCUCUUAAAGCAAAAGAAGCAUAUCUUAAAGCACUAGAGCUGGACAGAAGUAAUGCAGAUCUUUGGUACAACUUGGCGAUUGUUCAUAUUGAACUUAAAGAACCAAAUGAAGCCCUAAAAAACUUUAAUCAUGCUUUAGAACUAAAUCCAAAGCAUAAGCUAGCAUUAUUUAAUUCUGCUAUAUUAAUGCAAGAAUCAGGUGAGGUUAAACUCAGACCUGAAGCUAGGAAACGACUUCUAAGCUAUAUAAAUGAAGAGCCACAAGAUGCUAAUGGUUAUUUCAACUUGGGGAUGCUUGCCAUGGAUGACAAAAAGGACACUGAAGCAGAGAUGUGGAUGAAGAAAGCCAUAAAAUUGCAAGCCGACUUCAGAAGUGCUUUGUUUAAUCUGGCUCUCCUGUAUUCUCAGACUGCAAAAGAAUUAAUAGCUUUGCCAGUUUUGGAAGAGUUACUCAGAUACUAUCCUGAUCAUAUUAAGGGUCUCAUUUUAAAGGGAGACAUUCUGAUGAAUCAAAAGAAAGAUAUUCUUGGAGCAAAAAAAUGUUUUGAAAAGAUUUUGGAGAUGGAUCCAAGCAAUGUGCAGGGAAAACACAAUCUUUGUGUUGUUUAUUUUGAAGAGAAGGACUUACUAAAAGCUGAAAGAUGCCUGGUUGAAACACUGGCAUUAGCACCACAUGAAGAAUAUAUUCAGCGCCAUUUGAAUAUAGUCAGGGAUAAAAUUUCCUCAUCUAGUUUUAUAGAACAGCCAAUAUUGCCAGCUGAUAAGACUUCAGGUGUAGGAGACAAAAUUCCAACUGAAAAUGGAGAUGAUACCAGAAGUGAACCAAGACCUACACAGAUAAUAAAAACAAGUGAUAAAAGUCAGUCUCAAUCCAACAAACAAUUAGGAAAAAAUACAGACAAAGAGAUCCCUCACAAAACAGCAAAAGAAAUCAAAGAAAUUGAGAAGAAAAGAGUUGCUGCUUUAAAAAGACUAGAAGAGAUUGAACGUAUUUUAAAUGGUGAAUAGCAUUACUCUUUAUCAUGUGGCAGUGGCUUUCAAAGAACUUCACUUUAUAUCAUGUUAUUGCUUAUACUGGGAGCUUUGAAAAAUAGCAAGGAUAUGUAACUGUCUAUCAUGAACUGCCUCUACAUAGGAUCAAAAUAAGAUUUUCUCUGAAAACUUAUCUUCCCCAGGGUAUGUAUUAUAUAAGAUAUGACAGUAGUUUUCUGCAUUUUUGGUGAAUGUAGCAGAAAUAUUAAAUUAUAGGUGGCAAAUUCAUAUCUUCUGUUAUAGAAAGAAAAUCCUUUCAGCAAAGCAACCUUGACUAUUAUCAAUUAAAAAUACUCCGAGGCCUGAAUGAUAAUAAUCCCUUAUGGGCAAAUCCAGCAUGUGCUGGCUUAUUCUAUGAACUCACAUUUAUUAGCUGACUUCAUUUUCUUAUUACCUAUUAGAAUCUGAUUGUGGAUUGAAAACACUUGUUGAACACCUUUUUUUUCUUUAGUAACUUCUGUUUAAGGGAUUUUGCACUACAAAAGAAUGGUGUCUUCCAUUAUGUUGUAUUUAACUAUUGACUUUUAGAAGGAAUGACAGAUGAAACAUUUUAAAAUAAGAUGUGUUAGCAUAAGAAUGUAUUUUCAUGAUUGUGUGCCUGUCCUUCACUCUAAAAUGCAGUUUUUAAUCGGGUAAAGUUUUAAAUAAUAUAUACAUAUAUAUAUACGCACACACACAUACAUACAUUUCUAAUGGUGCUCAUAUAUACUGUAUUUUCAUUUUUUAUAUACUGAGUUUCACAGCAUGAACCAUGUGAUCAUGACUGUCUUUGACAUUUACUAUUCAUGUUUAUUAAAAGGGUAGUAGUCAUAUUGAGAAGUCCCAAUAACUAUAAUUUUAUUUAAACUUUUUGGGUUAAAAAGUAGUUUCUCUUUCAUCUUAGUUUUAUCUCUCUAAUGUUAUUUUAAUUUUGUUUCCAAAAACACAUCUUUUAAAAAAAAGUUUAUUUUUAAACACUUAAGUUCUUGUUAUCCUGCUAUGGUGUAUAUUUUUAUUAAAUAUUUAUUUUGACUACUGAAUUUUCAUAGAAUGUUAAAGCUGUUUUAAUUCCAUCAAGUAUGGAAAACAAAUUACUAUUGCAUUUUCUUAUAUGUGCAUAUUUUACAGUUUGACCAAGAUUCCAUGAUUUUUGGCCUCUCCAUCUGUAAAAGGCAAUUAGCCUAAUGUAGGGUUAAUAAAUUAGCUGGUUUUAGUAAAUUUAAACCUGAGAACUGUUAGGUUGAAGAUUAGAUACAAAUUAAAUGUAUCAAUUUACAUCUGAUUUUUUUCUUGAGUUAAAAUGUAUUUCAGAUGAGUUUUAUAUACCUAAUAAAUCUGGUUUUAAUUAAAAAUGUUAAAGCUCAAGCUGUCAUACUGGGAUAGUAACUAAUUUCUAUGCAGUUUUUCAGAAACUGUAUUUCUGUUCCUCUGAGAGAACUGAUUUCUGAUUAUGUAUGUUUCAAAACCAUAUUCCUGUAACUUGUUUUAAAGAAAUGUUUUAUAAUUAGGUCACAAGAAAUGUGGUCUGCAUUAAAGACCCACUCUAACUAGGUUCCCCAAGGCUCUUAGGCAAGUACUGACACUAGUGAUAGUUCAUUUUGAUCCUUAAUAUGUGAUCCUAUUAAGCAGUAAAGCAAUAUCUAAUUUCAUUUCUUAAAUUAUGGCUUUGCAAUUCAAGAUAGAAGAUGAAUACCUCAGUUACAAUGAUUUGAAAAAUGACAUCUAUGUUAUUCUAAUGUUUUCUCUUCUUGAGGAAAAAGUUACUGAGUUUAGUCGCUAGUGUUACAGUAUCAAGUGAAGAUAAUUCAGAAAAAUAGGAGGAAAUCUUUCAUUACAGCAGACCAUAAUAAAAGUUUUGAGUAUAUUAAAUUAAUUAAAUUAUGUAACUAUUCAAAAUAAAUGUACUAAUGUUACUCAGUGGUUUUUAUUGAAAAAAAAUUUCUUCCUUAUUAGCACUUAGAACAGUGCUUAUCAUGUAGGAAGUGCUCUAUAUUUGAAUUUAAAAUAAUUUAAAUCACAUCCACUCUGAGUAAUUUUUCCAAAUCAAUGUUUGUCAAAUCUUACCUCAUAUUAGAAUUACUGGAGGGCUCUUAAUGUAGACCUCAACCCAUAACAGUUAAAUCUGAAUUUCUUAGGGGUGGAGCUGUACUUCAGUUUUCCUAAAAAGUUAUGAGUAAUACUAAUUUGUAGUCAAUGUUAGUGACCACUCCUCUUAAUUAGUUCAAGAAAAUUCUCUUUGUGUUUCCUGUGUUAACUUUUUUAGUUAGUAAUAUAACCCAAUUAAGUUUUGAUGUUUUAAGUUCUAAUAAGGAAUAUGCUCCUCUGAUAACUAGAACUUAUUCCAUCUUAAACUCCAUCAAGGCUUGCUUAUGUGUAAAAUGAUUAUUUCUUCUCUUUAAACUCAUUAUAGAAAUGUUAUUCCAGUUGUUCAGGUGAAAAAGGCAAUGGAUUUUUUUUUUACUUGGAGCUGCCUUUUGGGGGGAGUGGAGCAUUAGGGACAUUUUAUCCUUGUUCACUAAGCUGUGAUUCAGAGUUGUUAGCAUCUGUGUUUGGAAAAGAAUUCUUAUCAUAGGUUUGUGUGCUGGCAAAAGGAUGUAAUUUUAGUUCUGUUAAAAGAACCUAUUCCCCAGGAGUUCUAAAAAAGCUUUGACAAUCCCCAAAGGGAAAUUUAUAUUACUCCUUCACUGUUUCUGAGAAGGAAGAAUUAAUUUUUCUCCUAUUGCUCCUACUUGUGUUUCCUCAUUAACACUCAGAAUUGGGAAUUUUAUAAUUAGUCUAAUAAGUAAUUUUAUGCAGUUGAUGGCUUGGAGGGUAAAAAAUAAGUUUGCAAUUUUGUGUUUGCUUUUAUGUAAAUAUUUGGUAUGUGAAUUACACAAUUCUAAUAAAACAUGAUGCCUUUUCAUCUAAUUUGAUCUCUCAA